CGAAUCCAACAACCGUUCGUUAUGCUGUGGUUAUGCUUUGUGUUAUCUGUGGACUGCUGUAACGUGUUUGUAAUGGCGGAUUGUGAUUGUUUGUAGAAUUUAACAUUUUAUACUGAAGAAUAGUUGCUUAAUUGUUUGUCCUUGCGAAUUAUUUACUACAAUGUCUGAUACUAGUGAUCUCGACCGCCAAAUCGAGCAGCUUAAGCGCUGCGAGAUAAUAAUGGAAGCCGAAGUCAAAGCUCUUUGUGCAAAGGCGCGCGAAAUCCUAGUAGAAGAAAGCAACGUCCAGCGAGUGGAUUCCCCUGUUACAGUGUGUGGAGACAUUCACGGUCAGUUUUAUGACCUGAAAGAAUUAUUUAAAGUUGGAGGAGAUGUUCCUGAGACCAAUUACCUUUUUAUGGGGGACUUUGUAGACAGAGGGUUUUACUCCGUUGAAACUUUCUUACUAUUACUAGCACUGAAGGUGAGAUAUCCUGACCGCAUCACACUCAUCAGAGGAAAUCAUGAGUCCAGACAGAUCACACAGGUCUAUGGGUUCUAUGAUGAAUGUUUGCGGAAAUAUGGAUCUAUUACAGUUUGGAGAUACUGCACAGAGAUAUUCGACUACCUAUCCCUCUCGGCCAUUAUAGACGGGCGGAUAUUCUGCGUCCAUGGUGGGCUUAGUCCAUCCAUACAGACUCUGGACCAGAUCCGCACCAUUGACCGCAAGCAGGAGGUGCCCCACGACGGACCUAUGUGCGACCUGCUGUGGAGUGAUCCUGAAGACACACAAGGCUGGGGCGUAUCACCUCGCGGCGCUGGUUACCUGUUCGGUUCCGACGUCGUAGCUCAGUUCAACGUCUCAAACGACAUCGACAUGAUCUGCCGCGCUCAUCAACUCGUCAUGGAGGGCUACAAAUGGCACUUCAACGAGACAGUGCUCACUGUCUGGUCGGCGCCUAACUACUGCUACAGGUGCGGAAACGUAGCUGCUAUAUUAGAAUUGAAUGAAAACCUUCAACGAGAGUUCACGAUAUUCGAGGCGGCGCCGCAAGAGUCGCGGGGCGUCCCGUCCAAGAAGCCCCAGGCCGACUACUUCUUAUAAUGUUGCUUCAUAGACAAACAUCUCAGUCUAGUAUUACGGUUUUAUUGUAGUGACAUUUAAUGUGGACAUUUUAUUGUGAUUUUAAGACUGGUAAGUGUAGCAAGUCAAAAUCAAACAGGACGCUAGUUGAGUAUGGCACACCAGUCUCAGUGUCAUGGUUUACACUUUUACAGUAUCGAAAUGUAUGAUAGACCUUGCAGUUGAAAUGGUAUGUAAACAACUUGUGAUGGAUUAAGUCAAGAUAUAUCACCACUAAUUUGAAAAAAACCUUGUCCCUACCUCACACUGCUACUCAGUGUAAGAUAGUAACUCUAUAUGCAUCCCCAACAUAGUUACUAUAUUUGUCUUUUCAUUGACAUAAGAAGAUACACGUUUUUUUCAAUGUAGUAGAGAUAUUCAAACGAGAGAGUGAGAUAUUAGGAUGAGAUUGUAUCUCCAAGGUGGUCCCUAAUGGCACAAAAGAUUGGUUAAUAUUUCUAUUUAAGUGCUUAACUGCAGGGUUAGCACAUGAUUGCCGCGAGAUAGACUACCCAUCCUUUCGUCAUUAAUACUGUUAGACGAAGACGUGUGAUCUAUCUCGCGGCGACAUACUUUCGCGGCAAUCAUGUGCUAGGCCUACUGGUGAACUUGCUUCCCUUGAAGAUAAAAUACCAAUGUGAUAAAAUUUUAGACAACAUGUUAAAAUUUAACUGGUAUGCAAAAUGAGACCAUCAUUUUGCGAAUUCCCAAUGUACAAAGUAUCAAUUGAUCCAUUACAGAAAACAUUGUGUUAAGUGUAAUAUUAUUUUUGAAUAUGUUCACAUCUUCUUGGACUUUGAAGAUGAGUAUGCGCAUUUGUGAUGAGAAGAGUAAAAUAAGGAUUUCAUUGAUGUAAUUUAAGUGGUUAUUAUUACUUACUAGGUAGGUUCUACUGUGCUAACAAAGAGUCAAACAUUUUCACUUAAGCACUGCCGUAUUUUUAACGUAGAUUUGAAAUAAUUGUAUACAAUAGUAAUAGCAAUUCAUAUUGUUAUAUUCUGAAGUUUAACUUUGUACAUUAUGAUAGUGAUCUCACAGUAAUUCCGAUUAUCACUCAUCUAUUACCAAUAUCUUCUAAAUCCUUCCUAUGAUUAUUGUGGUUCCUAAAAAAAUUACAGGCCUAGUGGGAAAUGAUUUAGGUAUUUCGUUAUUUAUUCCAGCUCAAUAUUUUUAGUUAUGAAUGAAAGUUAGCAUCAUGUACUGUUGUUCCAAUUUAUUAUAUUAUAAUACUUAGACACAAUAAACAUUUGUAUUUGAUGCUGAUUAAUGAUUAUUGACUGAACAAGUAAAUUUUCAGUUCCCAAGACUAUCCACUUGUGUAAAUCAGUUCUGUAUUCUUACCUCUUAUUUUUAUCAACAUUAAAAUGAAAAUGCCAA